AUACGAAAAAGUAUUAAACUCUAAAUUGUUUAUUCAAACGUUAUAGCGCAAAACAUUCAAAAUGGACAAAUACAACAAGAGAAAUUUAGAAGAAGAAUUAAUCGACGACUGGUGUGCCUUAAUGCAUACAACCUAUGACGAGUAUUACGAACCACUUGCAACGGAGGAGGAUAUCUAUUUCCUAAAAAUGUGCUGUGAUACAUUUCAAGUGGAUAUUUAUGUUUUCAUAUUGAGCUUAGAAAUACUGGAGAAGUACUAUAGGAUUUGCUACGUAAAUAACAUAGCAGUGAUCGAUCGAAGUUUGGCAGGUGGGAUCGCAUUUUUAACCGCUAAUAAAUGCACGGGUGCAGAAAUUUACAUCAAAGUACCAAAUAUUUGCGACUAUUUAAAUUUUAGGAAAAAAAACAUUUACAAUCAAAACCUAAUUCGACAAGCUGAACUUCACAUAUUGAAAACGAUAAAUGGAAACAUUCCCAUUACUACUAAGGUUGAGGAUUUGAUGAUUGUUUUGGAAAAGUUUUUGCGACAGUCGUAUCUAAACAUCGACCUCGUAAAUAUCUCUUUAAAGGUGUUGGAAAUGAUCUACAUGUUACGUCACAAGUGGUUUUUUAAUUUGAGAAACCAUUACAAGUGUACUUCUGAAACAAUGCUAAUUUUUAGAAAUUUAAUGAAAAAUAAGUUUUAUCUGCCCAUUGGAAUUUUAGUAACCUCCAUAAAACUGAUUGGAAUCCAACACAUUUUGAACAUACAAAAUGUUAUUAAUGAUCUGUCACAGCAAGGACAUAUAGAAGAAAUCCAUAUUGAAAUUUUAUUGGAUAAUCUCAGUAAUAUUAUUAUGAAAUUUUUUCCCAUUAUGAACUUUAACAAAUUAGUAUAGGAAUAUACUAACUGUGCAAUAAAACAACUAUUUAAAUAUUA